AUGAUCGGCCGCGUUCUCCUCACGCUUGACGGCAUCAUGCUGCUCUUCGGCGCAUACAUGGCGGAUUGGAACGAGACGCACAUUCACAACCCGCGCUGGCCUCCGCACGCCAAAUUCCACAAUGCGCAAACCAUGACACUCUCCUUCAUCUUAGGCAUCGCGACGCUCUUCUUUACAUGGCGCACCAACGCGUCGGCCCAGAUGGCUAAGGAGUCAUUCCGCAUCGCGGGCUUCCUGGGGUCCAUCUACUGGGUGGCAGGGUGGGCGUCGCUCUUGUACCCUGGCACUGAUGGGCUAGACCCCGAGUUUGGUGGGCCAGGAUUCCCACAGAAGUACCCCUUCACGGCAGCCAUUGGACUGGCCGUUACUGGGUUGUAUCUCGAGGGGGCUUCUAAAUACGUCGGCGACAAUGAGACGCUGAGGGACAAUUGGCGGAGAGAUCAAGCCGCGGCCCGAGUCAAGGACGCGGGAAGAGAGGGGGAGAGCUUGAAAGGAAUCAAGCCUCUGAGAAUGUGA